AUGUGCCCCACAGCAGACGGCAGCCUCCCUCCUCCAAGAGAGACUUGGGGACCGCCUUCACAUCUUGUGGAUGGAUCCGUGAUACCGGGGACUAGCUCAUCCACAGCAGCCUGCGUUGCACCGGCCCUACAAAAGAGCAAGCUGUGCCGUCUCCCAGGACGUGCAAGCACUACCGCAGCAGAGCUAGCAGGACUCUACCUUGCUGUGGACCUACUGGCAGAGGAGCUACCAACGACUCCGGCAGCUAUCUUCUGUGGCUCCAAGGCGGCGCUGCUUUGCCUGCAGAGCCCUGACAAGGCUAGCGUUGGGCUUGCACUGCUCCCCUCAAGACUGGCGGCCCUUCAGGAUGCAGGAUGCUCACUAUCCCUGCACUGGCUACCGGCGCACGUAGGGAUCCCGGGCAAUGAAGAGACAGACACUCUUGCAAAGACCGCCUACCACUCAAGCGUCCCCCUCAGCCCUGCUGUAACGGCCGCGGACUUCACAAGACACAGGCUGCGCCGGCACAUCAUCGCCUGCCAUCCGGAUAAACGGGUAUCCCUGGGACAGCCUCCAAGGCCUAUUCCACAGCACGGCCUCCCACGAAGGGAUACCUCGUUGCUUCUCCGACUGCGGGUUGGCUGCUACUGGACGGCAGCCCGCCGGCACCACCUUGGGAAAGCCACCUCGCCAGCCUAUGCCUCCUGCGGUGACCCAGAGACUCUGGGGCACCUUCUGCUGGCCUGCCCUGCUCACCUGCAGCACCGGGGCCGACUUCUGCAGGAGUUCUCCCGCCAUGGGCUCCCAUGUUCACGACAGGAAGACAUCCUCUUCCCCAGACGUAAUCAGCUACCAGCAUUCCUAAGUGUCGUCGAGUACCUCGACUCGUCGGGGCUCUCGGUGAAACUCUAG